UGUCCCCGGAGGUGGGUAUCCUGCUAUUGAUAGUGGCGAAUGCCAGCGGGCAUUACAACAGCAAGCGGCCAUCUGCCAGCCUAGCGAACUAGCAACCCCACCAGCUGCAGUCGCAAAACGCCCUACAAAGCAGGACAUGCAUGCAGCUUCUGACGUCUGCGGCCACACUGCGCUACAAAGCGUAGAAAACCGAAGAGCGGAAACAAUGAGAUUCAAGCUUAUAGAAACCGCAUGGUUUAAAGACCAGCAAGUUUUACGAAGACGUCUCUAAGUGCAUUUCGGCUCAUAUUGAAUUGAAGAAAGCCAGACUCGGACGAGGAGGAAGACGAAGUACAGGAGGACGGCGAGGAGGGGGAGAAUGGAUUCAAAAGCACAGCAGCAACGGAGGACACUGCAGACGCAGUCAGUUACAUCGCGGAAGGAGGCUGCAAUAUUAUUUUGGUCACUGGCAAUGGAAUCAAGCACGAGGAGGAGGAGUACGCGAAGGAGUGCUAUUAUUCUACCUCCAAUAACUGCUCUGACACCACGUCAAACGACUCGGAUAUUGAUUUCUCCGAUUUGGAGGAGGAGGAGCACACGAGUUUUUUCAGCUUUGAUGAUGACUUGGAUGAAGACUGCACUUCUCCCGACUUCUGGGGCGAACCUGAUCAGGUAAUUUCAAUAGAGCCAUUCUCCGCUGUCAGUGGCCCACAGCAUUCGCUGGGGGACGAUGCUGACACUCGUGACUAUUUCCGGUUACUCUUUCCAGAUUCUUUUUUUGAACACAUGGUAGAACAAACAAACAGUUACGCCCUCUAUCGGCAAAGGAGGAGUGGAAAGUCCGACCCCCACUGGCAUCCCACUGACCUGAGAGAGAUGAAAGCUUACAUAGGACUGAACAUUCUCAUGGGCAUCAACCAGCUUCCUGAUGCUGACAUGUACUGGGCCAGUGACAUUUUCAUAGGCAAUGCAGGCUUUAAAAAGACUAUGACAGCUAGGCGCUUUGAGAAACUCACCCAGAACCUACACCUAUGCGACCGUGCGUCAGAGCCUGUGCGUGGCGAGCGAGGGUAUGAUGGCCUCUACAAAAUACGUGCUCUGCUGGAUGUCGUUGAGAACACCAUGUGGGACUCAUACACACCCAACCGCUGCCUGACCAUCGACCAGGGUGCCGUGGCCGUGAAAGGUAGUUUCUCCCCGACCCAGUGCAUGCCCUCCAAGCCCCUAAAGAAAGGACUCAAAGUGUGGAUGCUGUGUGAUUCCCGUUCAGGCUACUGCCACCGUGCCAGGAUCUAUGUGGGCAAGGCCAGCGAGGAGGCGGCGGUGGCUGCCCUGGGCUACAGAGUGGUGACGUCCCUGGUGAGGGGUCUGGAGGGGAAACACCACCACAUCUUCAUGGACAGCUUCUUCACCUCUGUGCCCCUCAUGCAGAGGCUCCUCCGGAACGGCCUCUACGCCUGCGGCCCCACCCAGCCCAGUCGCCGUGGUUACCCUGAGGUCCUCCGCCCAUGCAACGUCGGCAAGCUGUCGCCAGGCGAGUUUUACCAGUGCCAGCGCGGCAACCUUGUCGCCACGGUAACCCGGGACACCAAAGUCGUCAGCUGUCUGUCUUCCAACUCGGCGCCGGGGAUUGUGGGUAUCAGCCCGGGCAGGCAGCAGCAGCAUGAGUGGGAGGUGGAUAGUGAUGGCGGAGGAGGAGUGUCUUUUGGGGUUCCACACCCCCUCCCCCUGCUACUGUACCAGGAGAACAUGAGAGGGGUGGACCUGUGUGACCAGCUGAGGGAGUGUUACCAGGUGGGGCGCCCUUGCAAGAAGUGGUGGCGCUACUUCCUGUGGUUCUACGUCAACCUCUGCAUCGUCAACGCCUACGUCAUCCUACGAGAGAGCCGCGGGGGCGCCCCUCCGGCUGGCUGCAACGGUAAACAGUUCACCCAGCGCCACUUCCGCGUCCGCCUGGCACAGCAGCUCAUCGGGGACUACCAGGGGGCGAGGGGUAUGGAGCGGGCGGCACGUAAACGCCACGCAGACUCACCCAUUGAGUACGGGCACCGACUGGACCGCAUGUCUGAACGCUCCCGGCGCUGCAGGAACUGCACAAACAAGGGGCUGCGACAUGAGAGCGUGUUUGGCUGCAAGAUAUGUAACGUUCACCUGUGCAGGGGAGGGUGCUUCUCAGAGUUCCAUAAAUAAGUCUGGAUAGUGGUUUGUGUCUUUGUGUCAACAAACUAACUUCUGUCAAAAAACUAUGUUUUUUAUAUGCUAAGAUCUGUAAAUCCAAAGGUUACCAUGACAGGUGCACAUUAUAGUUACACUUUAUUACAUGUAGAAGUAGACUAGUCACAAAGUUGUAGGAUAGAAUAAGUAUUAUCGCACGAAUGACUAGAGAAAAUAAACUGUAAUAGUUCAUUUAUAUUAGUAUAGAAUGUCUUUGGCUCAUUGCCUUUCGUAACACUGACAAAAAAUGCCUUGUGUCACUUUUUAUAUCAUGAAAAUAAUAUGUUUUUAUAUGAAAUUGAGACGAAAAAAACAGUGAAGACAUUUUCUGCACUUACAUCAACAAAAUGUUUACUGUGGGAAGUUUAUCUCUGCUUUUCCAAAAGAAAUUUGUCCUGAAGAUGUUCCUUUUAUUGUUGUACACGGUUCUUUCCUCGUGACUAAAACCUCUUGUUGGUAAAUAAAAAGAAAGAAAUGUACUUAAAGGGC